AUGACUUAUAUUAUGUCUUUAUUAUUGAUCGGGUUAGUGCUAGGGUUAGUUGCGGUUGCCUCUAACCCGUCCCCGUACUUUGCCGCCUUAGGGUUGGUGGUUGUGGCGGGAAUGGGAUGUGGUGUAUUAGUAGGGCACGGGGGGCCUUUUUUAUCUUUGGUACUCUUUUUAAUUUAUCUGGGUGGUAUAUUAGUUGUAUUUGCGUACUCAGCGGCUUUGGCCGCUGAGCCUUACCCUGAGAGCUGGGGUAGUCGACCUGUUGCAGCCUACAUGGUGCUGUACGCAGCGGUGGUGGGGGUAGUGUCUGGAUUUUUUUGGGGUGGGUGGUAUGAGGCUUCUUGGAUGAGUGUUGAUGAGUUUGGGGGCUUUUUAGUAGUCCGAGGAGACGUGGGAGGGGUCGCUUUGAUGUAUUCGGCAGGCGGAGGUAUAUUGGUUAUUAGUGCCUGGGUCUUAUUAUUAACUUUAUUCGUGGUAUUAGAGCUGACGCGGGGUCUUAGUCGAGGGGCGCUUCGGGUGGUUUAA